AAGCGACAUGGUGGCGCCGGCCGUCAGCGAAGCGUUCCCGUCGGACGUGCUCUUCCACGCCGGCCUCGAGUACUCGGUGCGUGGCACGAUCUACGCCUUCAUGGCGACCGUGCUCUUCGUCGUCGUCUUCCGCUACGGGCUCAAGCUCCUCGAGGGGCGCACGGCGAGCCACGCCAAGUACUUUGUCUUGCUCAACAAGAUGUACAAAGAGCUCAUGGUCGGCGGUCUCAUCCAGUUUAGCUCCAACCGCCUCUCGCAGUUUGGCGCGGUCGAGCAAGACUCGCCCGCGUACCAGGCGUGGGAGGUUGCCGACGACAUGGUCUUCUUCUUUGCGAUCGCACUCGCGCUUCAGUCGGCGCUCAUGUUCUGGCGGCUUCAGGCGCGCAACGUCGCGCUGGACACGCUGGCGCUCUACACGUCCGAGGAGCUGUACGCGGAGGCGACCAAUAACGGCGCGCUGGCCACGAUCCCCAAGCCGUUUGUCUCCGCCUCCAAGCUCUGCAUCGUGCGCCAUUUCUUCCUGACAAAACACAAGUUGCCGCAGCUUUUUAGCUAUCCAAAGUACCUGCGCGCGGUCCAGGACACGGAGAUCAUUGAGCUCUUCGACGUCGAAGUGUCGACGUGGAUCCUGCUUCUCCUCGUCUACAGCGGCCUCUUCUUCCUCUCCGACGUCUUUGUGAGCUACCACAACGACCUCAACCUCCCCGAGACGCGCAAGAAGGUCCACGACAUCCGCCUCAUCGUCAUUGCGGUCGCGAUCGCGACGCUGACGGUCUUUAUGCUGCUCAUGUACGCGUACCUCAAGAACGUCGUCUACCGCAUGGUGCUGCACGCUGGCGGCGACGAAGCCACGCUCGCAGCGUCGCUCAAGCGCGUGGGCGACGAGGAAGCGUCGUCGCGUAUCCAAGAGACGUCGUCGCACGCGCUUCUCAAGAUGCACCACGUCGCCGAAGGCCUCAGCGACCGCCACGACCGGUCGAGCAUCGGGGACUUGGUCUUGACCAUCUUUCGCAAGGUCACGGGCUGCAAGUACAAGACAGCGUCGCACCGCCAGGCGUCGCAGCUCAUGGACGAGCACGCGAUGGACCUUCCGUGGUUCUCGCGGAAGGCAACGCAUGUCGGCGUGAAAGUCCUCUUGACGCUGAACGCGCUCUACUUUGGCUUCCUUGCCCAAGCACUCGUCGUGCUCAUUCCGCGGGACGUCGGCGCCUCCCACUACCUCAUUGGCGGCCUCCUCGUGUACCUUAUCGGUGCGCACAUGGUGCUGCUCGCGCCUCGCAUUGCGCGGCAGCUGGCGUUCGUCAACGCGACCGUGCGUGUCAACCCCGCCGAGCUCAAAAUCGUCAUCGAGCACUACGCAGACGUGCUUCAGUUGCAGCGCAAGAUGGCGCGUGCGGUGCUCGCGCACUUGGCCGCGCGCGAGGUGACCAUCGACGUCUUUGUCGCGGGCCUCAAGCUCGACGACCCGGACGAGACGGGGUACAUGGAAGGCGCCGUUUUGCGCAAGAACAUCAAGCGCUUUGGCUACAAGUUCUCGAAGCUCAAGUUCACGAGCUUUGUGCGCCUCCAGUUUGAAACCAAAGGCACCAAGGUCAAGUACGAUCGCCUGCUCCAGAUGCUCCACGACGAAGCGGCGCACCACGGCGACGAGGCGCUUCCUUCUACGACCAGCGACGUACCACCAACGCCUACGACGUCCGACAAGACGACGCCCCUCCUCUCGCCGCGCCAAGUCGCAAAACGCUUCGAUUGAUACAUUGAAAUGAUACAAGUCGAACAUUUCUUUGGAUGGAA